AUUGAUGUGGCUCUAUUCGUGGGCGAGAAACAAAGACACCUCGACCGCACGUCUUGAACGCCUGGACGUAGCUCUAUACGCAGCCACCUGUAUCCCGAUCCAAUUGCCUUCCACCCCUGGCACUCACACUUCUACCCCUUCUCAACCUCGAUCUCAAACCACAUCGUCUCACAAGAGACAGAGAUUGGAGCAAGCUGCCAAACGACGAGAUGAUCUUUUCUGGGCAACCAUCGUGAAUUUCAUGGAAUGUAAAUUACGUCUACCCAUGUCAGGUUUCGCUCAAACUUGCGCUUAUUCUUUGAUCACUUUCGAGCAAUGUGGAAAUCGUUCUUCUCUCUAUAUCUACAAGACUAGAUUCACUUUUGUCCUAGUGGUGGAUGAAGAAACUUUGAUAGUGGAGGUUAAAGAUUCGAGAAAAUGGGGGAAAAGAUGUAAGAUUUCAGAGUUGGGCAGAUUUGACAGAGAUCUGUUGGUAUACGAUCUCGAUCAGGGUGAUGAUACUACUUUACCUGCAUCUCCAUCCCAAUCUCGUCAAUCCCCCAUUCCGAAUCAAGGUAUCAGAGUGUUCACUCAAUAUGUGACUGAUUGCGCCAAGAUAGCACAGGACAUACCUAUCGAUGCGACCAUCGAUAGAAACAGUUUGAUCGAGUGCACUCGGAAGAUUUUCGACGAUUUGCUUGCUCAGAUCGAGAGUAUGGAUACGGGUAAGGGUGGAGGAAGCGGAUUGG